AGUUCCUCCCAGGGCCCUCAAAGAGACUCCAGCUGUUCUUGCAUCAUCUUUUUGCUGGACAGGAGAGCUCAUUGUUGUGCCUGCAUUGAAGACCCCACUGGUAGAGCAAGGAGCCACCCCACUCCUGACGACCAUGAACUUGUCCGCUGAGCUCUGCAACAUAUCUGACUGGUUGAGGCUAGAAGCAGCGGUGAAGACCUCUAUCUAUGUGGUCACCUUCUCCUUUGCCAUGUCCAUCACCAUCAUCGUCGUGGCGAUCGUGCGGCAGAGUUCGGAGCUGAGGAAACAAGUUCGCUACCUCCUCCUUUGCCAUCACCUCCUGUGCAUCUCCUCCUACUGUGGCCUGGGGGUUGUUUUCCAGGGCAUGCGGGCCCUGCUGGCCCAUAGCCCCCUGCUCAUAUGCUGGGUGGUGUUUGGGGCACAGCUAAGUGUCGGAGAAGGGAUUCUCUUCACCUUGGCUUUGAUGGCUCUCAAUGCUUACCUGGCCAUCUGCUGGCCACUGACCACUCUGUCCUUUGUGGAGUCAGUGAAGUAUAGGGUUCUGACUGGGGCAUGGGCCAUCAUUGUCUUCAAGAAUGUCUGUUUGUUUUUCAUAGAGGGUGCUAGUUCCACAGCAGGCGCCGUGUUCAAGUCCGAACCCUUCUGCCCUGUCAUCUUGAACGGCACCCCUGCCCGAGCCAUUGGCAUGAUUUUCCUCUUCCUUCUUUUGUCUGUCAUUCUGAUCAGUUACUCACUGAUAUAUCAAGAAGGGAAAAGGGCUGGCCAUUUCAACAGGGCCAACGUCAAGGCCAGGAGAAGGGUCCUUACUCACCUUAUACAGAUAAGUUUGCAUAUUAUCCCCACACUUCUUUUCAUAGGAUUGGGAAAGAAGUGUGGGCUUUUCUUCUUUGCUUUGAAUUUAGUGCUUUUUGGUGUCUUUGCAUUUGCCCAAUGUUUUAACCCUCUGGUCUACGGGCUCCAGGAUGGAGAACUGCAAAGCAGGUGGCAUCGCCAGCUAUGCUUCCAGCUGGGCUGCAGUCAUGUGACAAGCAGAAGGCCAGUUUAGUCACUAAUUUUAGUCCUUAUGGACUCUGUCUUUGGCUUGACCUAACACAGGUCCAACACUGAAAUUCAGUCACAUGGCUGGUUAGAAAUGAAUUCUAAUGGGGAAGUUAUGUCCCCAUCUAACAGUUGAGAUCUAAUAUUAAGAGGGUUUGUGUACUGGAAAGCAAAAUUAUGUCAGGCACAAUUUUCCCUUCAACCAAAUAAAGUGUAAAGUGAGACAAUCGCA